GCGAAGCGAACCCGAACCGACCCGACCUGAGAGCGCAGUAGGUAGCAGUAAACCCGUGCGAAGAAACAGAAGUGAAAUUCGGUCUCCGAUUUGUGUCGCCCAAAACCGCCCCAAUAAUCAGUGAAUUUCCGCGGAAAAGUAGUGCCCAAAGUUGCCCCAACUGGUUGGCAACCGGAUGCGAUAGUUUUCGACCGGCCGCGGAGGGCUCCCGGCGUCGGGAAAUGCAUUUUCCUUCCAGCAGUUCGGCCGCAAAUGGAUGCAGCCAAAGUGCGAGAAAAGUGAAGGAACAGUGUUGUACAGUGAGAAAAAUGUUCCAGCCUGACGUCACGCAGCAGCAGAAGCAGCACCAGCAGUAGUCGUCGUCGUCUUCGUUGUUCUCGAAAGGUUCUUCCACAUCACCGAGUUGUUCAGCAGAAGAAGCAGGAGCGGGCGUAGAAACAGGAAGAAGUUUUGUGUGAAAAUUGAUGAAGAAAAUCAACAUGCAAAUUUGAAUAAUUGUGUGACCCAGUGACUUUCGUUGUGUUUGAAAAGUACUGAAACCAAAUCAAGAAUCUUAGCAUAAGUGUUUGAAAAGUUCGCGAGUUAGAGUUCAUCGCUCAUCGCCGUCUCGAUGUACGCAAUGGAUGAUAAGAACUCGUCCGGAAGUGGAGGUGGUGGCAGUGGGACCGGAAGUCUCGGCGAAACCAAAGUCAUCUACCACAUCGACGACGAAACGACGCCAUAUCUGGUCAAGAUCCCGCUUCCCUCGAGUCAGGUUACGCUGAAGGACUUCAAAAUGGUUCUCAACAAGCAGAACAUCAACUACAAAUAUUUCUUCAAAUCGAUGGACGCCGACUUUGGCGUGGUGAAAGAGGAAAUAGCCGACGAUUCUACAAUAUUGCCAUGUUUCAACGGGAAGGUCGUGUCCUGGCUGGUGACGGCUGACGGGUCCAACCAAUCAGACUGUUCCGAACUACAACCCACAGAGAUGAUCGACGGCAGGCCAACCUUGGCCCAGCUCCGAACCAUGAAUAAACCAAUGAAUAACAUGAUGAGCAUCCCGAUGAACCCACUGACGUACCAAUCGGCCUCGGUAGUGUCCAGCGAUUUGGACUCGACCAGUCUCUUCGAAACGGAGAGCGAAAUUACGCUAGAUAGAGAUAUGACUGAAUGCAGCAGCGUGCAGCGGUUACAGGUGCGGAAAAAGCCCCAGCGACGUAAAAAACGGGCGCCCUCGAUGUCCCGGACCUCCUCCUACAGUUCCAUCACCGAUUCGACCAUGUCGCUGAACAUCAUCACGGUGCAGAUCAACAUGGACACGGUGAACUUCCUGGGGAUAUCGAUCGUCGGCCAGUCGAACCGGGGCGGCGACGGCGGAAUCUACGUCGGGAGUAUAAUGAAGGGCGGCGCGGUCGCACUGGACGGCCGCAUCGAGCCCGGUGAUAUGAUAUUACAGGUAAACGACGUCAACUUCGAAAACAUGACCAACGACGAGGCGGUGCGUGUUCUCCGGGAGGUCGUCCAGAAGCCCGGUCCAAUCAAACUAGUUGUUGCCAAAUGUUGGGAUCCGAACCCGAAGGGGUACUUCACGAUCCCACGCACCGAACCGGUCCGACCGAUCGACCCGGGAGCGUGGGUUGCCCAUACGGCUGCCCUCCGAUCCCAGGACACCAUCAACACCGAACUACCCGAGUCCGUGCUGGAGCGUCUCCACGUGGACAUGGACAUGAAGGACAUCGUACGUGCAAUGACCAAACCCGACAGUGGACUGGAAAUCCGCGAUCGGAUGUGGCUGAAAAUAACCAUCCCCAAUGCGUUCAUCGGUGCCGAUGUGGUCAAUUGGAUCCUGGAGAACGUGGAUGGCAUCGGUGACCGGAGGGACGCUCGCAAAUAUGUAUCGCUGAUGCUGAGGCGAGGCUACAUCAAACACACCGUCAACAAGCUAACCUUCUCCGAGCAGUGUUAUUACGUCGUCGGUAACGGCAUUCGGCAAGACAUCUCCAACAUGUCGCUGGACGAUACGGAGAGUAUGCUCAGCGAUAUUGCCCCGCUGCCGAACCCACCGAUCUACAUGACCUACUCGGGCAACUACAACCCAUCGCACGGCUACCAGCCGAUACAGUACGGGUGCACCGGAGAACGACAUCCCUCGUCCGGAUCGAGCAGUUCGGACAUCUUGACGAGUAAGGACACAUCAGCGUCGCAAAGCGACAUCGCCGCUGUCAUACAGCAGACGAACCAGAUGACGAUCGCCAACGCGUCCAACAAAUCUUCCGGAUCCUCGAACCGCGGUAAUGAGCAAGAUAUGUCAGAGUUUAAAACCGGAAGUGGUGGAAGCGGCAUCGGAAGCAGCGGAGGACUCAUCGUUGGAGGUGGUGGUGGCGUUCGAUGUGGAAGUGGCGGUAAGCUGGUCCAUCAGUUGACCGGGGGCAGCGCCAACGACGACGAAGGCUACGAGGAGAGCUUGUACUUCCAGCCGACGAGGACCCUACGGAAGGAUCAGCAGCAGAUCUAUCACAACAGUGGCAGCAAGUAGGGGGGUUGAGCGAGGGAUGGGGUGCUUAGUUUUUGAGGCACUAUUUCGGCUGCACAAUCGGCUAACAAGUGCCAUCGAAUGCUGCUACAUAACUUGUUUCACGCGUUCGACACGAAUCAAGAGCAAGAACUCUGCUGAGAGUCGCUUCAUCUGCCCCGGUGAAUAAAAGUAGCCACUAAACUAAACCGAAUCAAACACAAAUCGAGCCAAUCUGGCUUAAUCAACUAGACAGCAGAUAAAUUAGAGUUUUUUUUUUUAAUGGAAUGAUAGUAAACGAAAAAAAGAGUCUAUUUUAGUUUCCUGGAAAUAUUUUUAUUUUAAACGCAAAAUGAACAUAUUAGAAUUUAUGUUAUAUCUCCACACCAUUUGCGCUAAACUGAACAAAUCACUUCGAAAUAACAUAAAUAUAUUUAAUGUGUAUAAGUGCGUCAAGCUUCGGAGAAUCCUAUACGAGAAUUAUAUCUAUUUGUUUUAGCGGAACCAUUGUAAAUGUGUUUUCUUCAUUUUAAAUUAGCUAUUUAUGCAAAGGAAAUCGGAUUGUGAACUAAGGCAGAAGCAGCGGUAGACGCGAAAAAAAACGCAAACAAACAAUAACAGAAAAGUAUUAAAACGACGAAAUUCGGGCGGCUAGAGGACUCCUCAAUACACUUGUUUUGGAAUGCUUUUGUUCCAAGCGCCGCGGCCAGCUUUUUUAACGAGGUAAUAAUCUUACGGAAUAUGACGUAAUCAAAAUACAGGAAAAACUAUACAGAUUUAUUUGUUUUCAAGUUCGUUUCGUUGACGUUUCGUUUUUAUCGAAUUAGCAUUAGUAGAGUGCAGAAGCGUAAGGGAAUGGUAAGGCAAAACCGUGAAAAUAUUAGAAAGCUAGCGUAUGGUUGGCUUACAAAAACGAAUUUAUACGAAAGCGGAAAGGAAAAUAAGACUACAAGCAGUACAGAAGGCAGAAAUCAAUUGAACGAAAUGAAAAAAAAAAGAAGUACGACAAACCGUGAACAGGAAAUGGAACAAACGAAAUUGGAAACUGAACAAUGUGUAUUUGCUAUACAAAGAAAAAUGAUUAAAAGGAUUAUUAGUAGAUGAUGUGAAUUCGAAAGCUGGAAGUAAUUUAAAUAAAGAGAAUCGUGAAAGUAA